AAAGCCUACACAAAGCCCUGUGCUGUGCAAAUAAAUGAAGACUUUUAUGAAGUUGGUCAGUUUUUCUAUAAUGACAUCUCUCCGAGGACACAGAAUUACAUUUCCAGUCAUGUGGAUCAUUUUUACUACUGCAUGGGCAGUCAAAAUGAAUGAGGAUAUGGAGGCAUGCUUGGAGGUCAUCCCCAGUCUCCAAUACUCAUGCUUCAAGAGAAACCUGAGCUACAUACCAACCACUAUCCCUCCCUCCACACAACAUUUGGACUUUAGUUUUAAUGACCUCACAACAUUACAGAGAGACACGUUCCCGAGAUUACCAUUACUACGACAUCUUGAUCUAACAAGAUGUCACAUCCAACACAUUGACAAUGAGGCCUUUUUUAAUGUAAGGAAUUUGUCUGUUUUGAUUCUCACUGGAAAUCCAGUGAAAUAUUUUGGAAGAAGCAGCAUUAAUGUUUUGGAAAAAAUAUACAAGCUUGUUCUAGCAGACAUCGGUCUGUUUUUUUUGGAUAGAUUUAAUUUACGUAAUUUAACAAACCUAAAGGAAUUAAAAAUUGGAACAAACAGAUUAUUUUCUUUGGCCCUUCCAACCUAUGCUGAAAAUUUCAAGGACUUCACAUUAUUGGACCUGCAUACAAACAAUAUAUCUGUCAUCAGAACUGUUCACACUUCUGUUUUGCGUCAGAUGAGUAGCAAUUUAACUUUAAUAUUGUCCGGAAACCCAAUAUCCUUCAUAGAAACUGGGGCAUUUAAUGGCCUUUAUCUGCGAGAGAUCAAUCUACUAAACACAAUCUCGUCCACAACUACAAGAGAGGCUCUUGGAGGUCUUAGUGGUUUAAAUGUGAAGAAGUUGAAAAUGGGGUAUUUUACUGAAGCUGGAAGAAUCCAAAUGAAUCCAGAUUAUUUGGACAGUAUUUGUUUCAUAAACUUCCAAGAGAUAGAUUUUCAUCACUCCACCUAUUUCAAACUGCCCAGUCACAUCCUUCUUUGCAUGAGUAAUUCUUCAAAAAUUGUUCUGACAAAUGUUGGAAUAAUUAACAGGGAGCAUGUGUAUUUUCCAAACCUUGAAGAGAUUGUUGUUGUUAAAGGCAAAAUGGCCAUACUACCAGAUGUUCUACUAUCUCAUCAACACAAUUUAAAGAAACUGGUCAUCAAUUACAAUCACCAGACAACAGAAUUUAAAAGCUUUGAUGAUUUGCCUAGUCUAGACUACAUUGAUCUAAGUCAUAAUGAGUUGAUCAUGAAUUGCUGUGACAUUGAAUUUAGUGGCAUCCCUAAACUUAGGUAUCUAAAUCUGAGUGAGAAUGCAAGGGUUAAAAUUAGGGGCCUUGGACUUUUAAAUUAUCCAUCUCUAGAAAUAUUGGAUCUUCAUGGCACAGAAGUAGAGAUUGAACAUGACGUGGCUGUUAUGCAAAACCUUAAGAAUUUAAAAACUCUUGACCUUUCCCACUCACAAAUUAUCUUUAAAAGCAUAGUUAUCUUUUAUGGUUUGAGCAGUCUGAAAGAAUUGAAAAUGGCUGACAACAGCUUUGCAAAAGGCAUUUUCGGCCAAUUAUUUUCAAGUCUGACAGCUUUGGAGCUCCUGGACAUUUCAAAUUGUGCCAUUGAAGACAUACCCCCGACUUCAUUUGAGGAUCUACAUAAUUUAAAAAAUUUGAUUCUUAGUGGGAACAAACUGACCACAAUGGACUUUCUGACAGGUCUUAGUUUAUCAAAACUAAAGUCAUUGCAUACAGAUAACAAUCACAUAGCCAGCAUCUCUCCAAACGUCCUUCAAAAUAUCCCUGUGGAUAUAUUGGUAUUUGAUUUGUCCUUUAAUCCCAUAGAAUGUUCCUGUUCUCAAACUGAAUUUAUUUCCUGGAUUAUUAAUCAUCAGUCAGUUCUAAAAGAUCCUCAUCUGAUAUCAUGCAAAUCCUCAUCUUUGAACUCCAGGGUGAUUAACUUUGAUCCCACACACUGUGUUCACAAAAAGAGAGUGAUAAUAAUUGUAUCUUUAUUUGCAGUUGUAAUUGUAUUCCUAUUGGCUGCAUUGCUGUAUAAGUAUCAGUUCUAUAUCCAUUACUGCUUCAUAUUGCUAAGAGGCUACAGAAUGUCUAGACAACAAGAAUGUUCCUAUGAUGCCUUUGUGAUCUACUCAAGCAAGGAUGAAACCUGGGUGUUGAAUGAGCUUGUGGAAAACCUUGAGAACAGACCUCCUCCGAUUCAGCUUUGCCUGCAUGAGCGAGAUUUUCAAGCAGGCAAGUCGAUCACCUCCAAUAUAGUGGAUGAAGGCAUUAUGGGCAGCCGGAAAACCAUCGUGGUGGUGUCUCAGCACUUCCUAGACAGCUCCUGGUGCCAGUUUGAGUUUGAACUGGCACAAUCCUGGCUUGUGUUGAGGCGAAAUGCCGGCAUCAUCAUUAUCAUUCUGGAAGAUGUGGAAGGUAACAACACAAGGAGACUGUUUGGACUUCAUAAGUAUCUAAGAAAAAACACGUACCUCAAGUGGAAGGGGAAUGUUGUAAGCAAUGUGCGAUUCUGGGCUCGUCUCAGAAAAGCCAUUCUUAGGAACUGA